AAUAUUUGUAAGCAAUGUAAUAUCACCCAACAAACAAGAACAGGAAGUUAAGAAAUUUAAGAAAAAGAAGAAGGAAAAAACAUUCCUUCAAGUUUAUUAUAGAAGUAAAGAACAAUUUGAUACCUCUCCAGUUUCAAAAACUUAUGGAAUCAAGAAUAUGUAUAAAGAUUUUAAUCAUGAAGAUGUGAUCUAUCGAAAACCUUAUCGACAAUCUCAAUUUAUUGAUAAUAGAUUUGAUCUACUAACAUGGCCAGCAUUAGAAGAAUUUAUGAAAGAAUAUAAAAUACAACAUCCCGAGAAGAAUGAUUACGUAGAUUUCAUGAUAAAUCGUUUUCUAGUAAUUUGGGAAGCAGGAGAAAAUGAUGAGUUUAUUACAACUCGUGAUGGAUUUGGAAUCUAUGACAGAGAGAAUAGUCUCAAGCCAACUUCCAAUGGUCAUUUCGCCUACCGUUACUAUUAUGUUAUUUCUCCAAAGCUAGUGUUGGUCCUUUGCUCUACUAUUUUACGAGAAGAACUUAGAAAUUUUAGACUUAUUUGUGAUAUCUUUAAAAAUGUUCCUCGCUCAAGAAUACCAGAAUAUGUUGAAAUAGAUGACGAACAUGACCGUAAUAAUGAUGAAAAUCAUAAUGAUUUAUUUCAAAAUUUACUAAAUUCACAAGGUUUAAAAACAGAAGAGAGUGAUAUCCUUACUUUUCCUUUAGUCAAAGUUAAUUCGGCCACUGUUCACUUAGUGAAUACUCUCAUACUUAAUGAGACUAAACCAGAUGAAGAUGAAGUCUUGUCCUUCUUUUCUUAUUCGAACCUAUAUAAGGCAGUUGUUAAAUAUUAUAAAAAUGAGGUACUUGUUUUAAUAAAACAAAAUCACACAAGUUUGAAAAAGAAAUUAUUCAUUGUUCUAAACAGAACUCACAAAGAAGAUUUAAAUCUCUGGAAAAAAUUUUCAACUAAUUAUUGGGAAGAAUGGAAAAAAUUUCAGAAUUCAAUCCUUAAUGAGCGAGACCAACUCCGAGAUAAUUUCAUAAAGAUUGUUCAGAAUUCUGACUCUGAAGAGCACUAUCAAGACUUAAAAUCGUUGAUUGAAAAGAAGCUCCACAAGUUAUGGAUGAUCUCAUCCAAUUCAGCAGUUCAUCGUUGGGCAAUUCAGAAAGAUUUGAUUUGA